ACCUGAGGUAGCAAUGAAGAGAGCUGUGUUAUUUUUGAUCACUGUGUAUGUCUCGGUCCCUGUCGUUCUCUACCUUUUCCCCUGGAUAUUGGGCCACGUCAUAUUUUCUCACUUGUUGAGGUUUCCACUCUUUGUGGAUCUUGGCCGACCUGAAGAUUUGCUGAACCACACAUGCAACUUCUACCUCGACACAGAGGAGGGUGUCUCAGUGGGUGUCUGGCAUACACUCCCUGCCAGCCAAUGGGAGGAGGCCGUAGGGAGAAGCCCUAAGUGGUACCGGGAGACUCUAAGAGACGGCAGUCCUAUUAUUAUCUAUCUUCAUGGCAACAUAGGGACCAGGGCUGUGCAAUCCAGAGUUGAACUGAUGAAGAUUUUAAGUGCUGCAGGGUAUCAUGUCUUAUCUCUAGACUACAGAGGUUUUGGAGACUCCACUGGGGAGCCAAGUGAAGCUGGAUUGACCAGUGAUGCCCUCUACCUGUACAACUGGGUAAAGAAACAAAGCAGAGGGGGUGUUGUCUGUCUGUGGGGACACUCGCUUGGCUCUGGGGUUGUGACUAAUACUGCAGUGAAAGUACAAGAGCAAGGGUCUGUUGUUGACGCUCUAAUCCUUGAAGCUCCAUACACAAGUAUUGGAGAAGCUGUAGCCAUCCACCCGUUCACUAAGAUUUACAGGUUCCUUCCAGGAUUUGAUAGCUUGCUUUGGAACAUAUUGGAGAUGAACAACAUUGUAUUUGCUAACGAUAAAAAUUUACAGGCCUUGACCAGUCCAAUUCUUAUUCUGCAUGCAGAGGAUGACAAUGUAAUACCUUAUCACAUGGGUCUAAAGCUGUACCAGAUAUCACUGCAGGCUAAGAAGAAAUAUAACACAAAUGUUCGGGUUGAAAUGAUCUCCUACAGUGCAAAUCUUGCAUUCUCCCAUGGCAAAAUCUACUUAGAUCCCAAUCUGUCAAAUGUUGUUGGGAAAUUUCUUCAAAACCUGAGACAGUAGAUUGGCUCUCCCUCCUGCAGUCUUCAUUUUGCUGUGUGUGUGUGUGAAUAAAAACGGAAACACAAGCAUUUUCACACAUGGCAGAAUACCUUUUUAUUUCAACACUCAGACAAAAUACUGUAGAUCACAAGUGAAGUUUUUUGUUCCUUUCCUUAGUCAAGUUGAUACUGAUACAGAUGCAAAUAAGUCUUAGAAAUGUUUCAGUCUAUGUUUAAUGUAGUUAAAAAUUCAGUUUAGUCAGCUGCUCAGUUACUACUGAAUUCCUGACAUGCAGCAGCCCCCACCAAUCCUGAUCUCCAGAAAUGUCAAAUAUGAAGUAUGAAGUAUUUGACCUCUCGGCUCUCCAUACUGACUUGUGGUUUAUUGUAUGUGUUUGUGCUAAAGGAUUGUAACAGACACGUUUUAAUGCAAUGUUCUUGACUCAGGUGCUGUGACAGUAAAAAGUGUUCAGAAAAUGAAAA